UGCAGCUGUAUGAUGACAGAGAGCAGCAGCUCCUGACGGGAAUCAUCAGUCAUGUGACUCAACAACAUUCAGCUGAAUACUGGUGUGGAGUUCAGUCUGAUCCAGGACACAAGAGCUUCAUCACACGAGUCCUCGUCAGCGUUACUGAGGAAGUGGGCGUCUCUGUCACAUUCAUCUGUUCAUGUUAAACCAGGAAAGAAACAGUAAAACUCAUCUGAACACACAUCGAGAGCUUCAGAAGAACUGAAUCUACUAACAACAGAGAAGAUCACUGAAGAAGAGAGAAGAAUGAAGAUCAUCUGGACUUUCACUCUGCUGAUGAUUCCUGGUGUGUUGAGCUCCAUCAGUGUGACAGGAUAUUCAGGAGGAGGAGUCAGCAUCACAUGCAGAUAUGAUAGAAGAUAUACAGACAAGAACAAGUAUUUUUGUAGAGGACAGUGGUCAUCAUGCUCUGACCUCAUCAAGACGGAUAUUAAAGAUAAAUGGGUUGAUUCUGGAAGAUUCUCUCUGUAUGACGACACAACAGCAGCAGUUUUCACUGUGACCAUCAGAGAUCUGAGAGAACAGGAUUCUGGGACGUAUUACUGUGCAGUUGAGAGAUCAGGAAUAGAUUCCUACACUAAAGUGAAUCUGAAUGUUGUAACAGCAGCUGAUUGUUGUCAGAAGAGCAUCAGUCUCUCCGCUGCUGCAGGAGGAUCUGUGAACAUCAGCUGCAGAUACCCACAAUCCCACAGUGCUGAUGUGAAGUUUGUCUGCAGGAGAUCUGGAUCUGAUCUCUGUGCUGAAGAGACGUCUGUGAAGGAGAGCAGAAGAUGGAGCGCUGAGGGACAGAUGCAGCUGUAUGAUGACAGAGAGCAGCAGCUCCUGACGGGAAUCAUCAGUCAUGUGACUCAACAACAUUCAGCUGAAUACUGGUGUGGAGUUCAGUCUGAUCCAGGACACAAGAGCUUCAUCACACGAGUCCUCGUCACCGUCACUGAUGUUCAGAAAACGACAUCAUCACCUGCUUCUGUUUUCAACACUUCUACAUCUACCAUCACAUCAGAGUCUCCUAACACGUUAAAAGGUUUAUAUCUGAUUAUCUCUCUGGUUCUGGUUCUUCUGGUUCUGAUCAUCAUUGGUGUCUUGUUACUGGUUCUUUAUAAGAAGCAUCAGUCUCGAGCAGGCGGUGAUUCAUCAUCUCAGACUGGAGCAGAAAAACAUGAAGUGGUUUCAAACACUGGCUGUGAUUAUGAGGAGAUUAAAGACUCUCACAAACAGUUACCCACAAACCCCUCUGUUUCUCCUGACUGUGUUUAUGCCACAGCUCAGUUACCCACAAACCCUUCUGUUUCUCCUGACUGUGUUUACGCUACAGUUCAGAAAGACACUGGUGACUCUCAGAUCUUCAUCACAUCUGCUGAGGAUCUGAAUUACUCCGUUGUGAAUUUCCAGAAGAAAGCAGACUGUCCUGAAGGUGUCAGAUUGAGGAAUAAUCAGGAUUACAGUGAAUACGCUGCUGUCAAUCAUCUCACUGACUGAUGAGCUUGAUGGCACCAUAUGAGCUUAAAUCUAGAAUUUCUGAACCUCUCUUGUAUAGAAUGUCUAGUUAUUAUCUGUCAGAGCAAUGUAAAUAUAAGAGUAUGAACUAUUUGUGUGACAUGCAUGUGAAAUAUGAGCAAGCUAUAGCGAACUGUUUAAUCAUAAUGAAAAACCAUUAGCGGUCAACUUUUUUUUUCAAAAAACUAUUAAUAUAUGAUAUUAAUACAUUCUAUAAUGUUACAUAUUAAAUAUAUGACAAUAGAAAUAUUACAAAACAAAUUAUGGUGGUUAAUCCUGAGAUAUUUUUAAUUAUGUUUCUCUUUGGUUUCGGCUUUUAGUGAGUUUUUGUUUAGUGUCCCAAAGAGCAGACAAAGAAAUGUCCAAGAUCUGACAAGUCAAGUCACCUUUAUUUAUAAAGCGCUUUAAACAAAAAAAAUUGUGUCAAAGCAACUGAACAACAUUCAUUAGGAAAACAGUGUGUCAAUAAUUCAAAAUGACAGUUAAAGGCAGUUCAUCAUCGAAUUCAGUUAUGACAUCUCAGUUCAGUUUAAAUAGUUUCAUUCAUUUGCUAUCAAGUCAACCAUAUCGUUGUAGAUGAAGUGGCCCCGACUAUCCACCUCGGCCUGUAAUAUAUCUGCAUUUCGUUUGCUCUCUUUGGCCACCAGCAGAGGUGGAUACUCCAGGGGUCAGAAAGUAAAAGUCCGGCCAUAUGUUUAUUCCACCCAUGAACUCAGCAGCUGAUUUCACCAGAGGAACACUUACUGUUAACAAUCAACAUCACUGAAGAAAAGAGAAACACAAGAACUACAACUGACUUUAAGCACAGCCUUUGAUGAAAUCAGUUGGAAGGAAAAUAAAAAAAAUAACUUUAUCACCAUAAUUGUGGAGAGUAUUUGCUUAAUUUGGGCUCUUGAACCAUUUAACAGUUUUGAUAAAUUUGCUUUAAGCAAAUGCACUGCUGUUACACAGCAGACAUUUGUGCAAUGCAGAGACAAACUAGCAGGUAACAUAUGCUUUUGAUGACUCUAUGAUCUUGAUUCAAGUUUAUUAUUCUUAAAAAAAAACUUCAAUUCUCAGUUUAAUUCUUGCUUCAAUAUUAAGAAAAAAAAAACUCUCUAGGAUUAUGCAUUUAGCAUAUGAUCCUCAACAGUGGUGACAAAUUAUUAUUCUUACUGCAGUGCAUUAUGGGAGUUUUCAUGUAUUGCAACAUGAAGCAUUUAGUUGAUUGUCACUAUUGCAGAGAUUCAUAUGCUGGUUCUUGAUAUAUGUGUGUAUCUAAAAAAACACUGGAGUUCAAAUUUUUGUAUGUGUUGCACAGAUUUAAAAUCUAUUCUCUGUAAAUGCUGUAGUACAAUUUUUGUGUGCUGUAGUUUC